AUGCCGAAGGAAAAGAAACCCAAGAAGCCGAAAAAGGCCGUCCCGGAGAUACAGCCCGUCGAUGGGCUGAGUGCAGUGGACCGACAGUUCUACGAGAUUACCAUCAAUGAUUUGAACCAGAAGCUGGCGCGGCUGAGGACCCACAAUGUGAAAAUUGAGGACCGCAACGAGGAGCUGGAGAGUCGCCUCAAACAGAUAGAGGAGGACCGGGCCGAUGUGACGGCGUACCUGGAUCGGACGCUUCAAGAGAAGGUCGGCACCAUCGUGGAGCUCGAGGACAAGCUGAGCGAGCUGUCGAAGGUGCGCGAUCAGGAGAACGAAGAGUGCCGGAAGCAGAUCAGUACGCUCGACGGAAAGUAUAAGGCGAUGCAUGAGCAGCUCACGUCCGAAAUCAAACUGCUCACCGGGAAGCUGAACUCGAUGGAGGAGUUCCGGUUGCAGCGGGACGAGCUGAUGGCCAAGUUCGACGCUCAGGAUAGCGAGCUGAAGGAGCAGAACAAGCGCCACAAGAGCACACUGUACGAGAUGGAGCGGAAGGUCAUACUGGACAAGGAUCGGUUGCGCAAGGACGUGGAAAACAAGCUGCUGCAGCUGUCGACGGAGUUUACCAAGUCGUCGGAGAUUCGUGUGGCCGCUCAUACGCAGCGGUUGGUUCGGGAGAACAUUGCACUCAACAACGAGAUGGACCGAAUGAUCUACACCCAAGAACGGUUGCAGAAACAGUUUACGGAGUUACGAAAGAUGAACACGGAGAUGCGCAACCAAGCUGAGAUCGAUGUUGUUGAAAAGCAACGGUUGAUGCAAACCUGCCAGGAGCGACUGGAAACGAUCCAGCGGCUGACGGAUCAGUUCGAGGCGGUUCUGCAGAAAAAUGGGGAACUGAACGCGUUCCAGCUACGUGCCGGUGAGCUGGAGGACGAGAACAAGACGACCCGGAAAGAGUACAACCACCUACGGCAGAAGGUGCGGGUGUUGGAGCAGUACAUUCACUACAUUAACUCCGAUCGUCAAACGCUCCGGAGCGAGUCCGAGCACCACCGGAAGGAGUUCGAACGCAUCGCGGAUAUACUGAAGACGGUCCGGUACACGGUCCGGUCGGCGUUUAAGGGUGAAGAGGAAGACUCCGAUCUGCCCUACCAGGAGAUUAAACGGAAGCGCCUGAUUGCCGAUCUGCUGAAUACGCUCAACGAGCUCGAGAUGCAAUCGCAGCCUCACCAAUCGGUUGAGACGAUCGUCGCCUCGCUAACCGAGCUCUACGAUCAGGGUGAUCUCGGUGUACUGCCACGGGAGUCGAUGGAGACGAUCCUCCGUAAGACACAGGGCCACGACGAACAGCGCACCGAAUCGCCCAUCAUUAGUUCCAGCACGAACGCAUCCCAGGCUGUGGCAGACCAGCAGUCCACCGGCGGUGACGGGGCUAGUCAAGACGAGGAGGACGGUGAGGCGGCCAUCAUUGAUGUAGUCAGUGGCUCCAGGCUUGUGUUUAUCGCAUCGAACGAAUCCCUGGAGGAAGACAGGCAGGAAGCAAGUGAUCCACCUGACGGGGAUGAUGGUGAUGAUGAGGGUGACGAGGAGGAAAACUCUGGCGAGUACUCCCAGGAACAGGAGGAAGAUGAGAGUGCCUUCGGAGACGACGAAGCGAGUCAGCAGCAGCAGCAGCAAGGAGCCACUAGAGACAGCGAAAAACGGGAUGAAGUCAUCGUAGACGCACCGGAAUCGAUCGAGGAUGAAACAAUCGAGUUUGUUGGUUCAAAGAGUGAUUCAGAUUGA